CUUUCCCUCCCUCCUGGCUGCGCGCCCCUGCCCGGGCGGCUCCGGCUCUGCCGCCGCUCCCCGCCCCGGCGCCUCCUCCCCUAAGGAUCCGGCAGGCGGGGGGAGCGCGGCGGGGCGGGAAGGGGGUGGUGUGUGUGGUGAGUGUGGCGGCGGAAGGCAGAGCGCACCCCAUCCCCACCGCGGAGCCGCCGCCGCUCCUUCCCCAUCAGCCACCAGCACGGAAUGAUCCUCCGCUCCCAGCCGGGCUGUCCCCCUGGCCGGCUUCGCCGCUCCCCCAUUGGCUUCCGCCGCCCCUUUGCCCGCCCCGUUGGCUCCGGCCUCGCGUUGCGGCGCGGCGGUUGGCUGUGCCGCGCGUCGAUCGCGCCGGAGCCCCCGGGAGCGCCCGCCUCCGCAGUUAUCAGGUUAGUGUUCGCCGCGGUGCUGGGGCUCGGGAUUCCGAGCGGAGCUGGUUGAGCCCUCAAAGUCCCUCACCGCGCUGGCUUUGGGGGGGUCUCCAUCCGUGUCACCGCACGAGCGCAGCCGGGGACAGCCACCGACUCCCGCCAGCCACGGACAUGGACAUGAAGAAAAGGAUCCACUUAGAGCUGCGGAACAGGACGCCCUCAGAUGUGAAAGAGCUCGUUCUUGACAACUGCAGGUCGUACGAAGGCAAAAUCGAAGGCCUCACAGAUGAGUUUGAAGAGCUGGAAUUCUUAAGCACAAUCAAUGUAUGCUUAACCUCAGUUGCAGACUUACCAAAGUUAAACAAACUCAAGAAGCUCGAGCUAAGUGACAACAGAAUCUCAGGAGGCCUGGAAGUGUUGGCAGAAAAGUGUCCCAACCUCACGCAUCUAAACCUAAGCGGCAACAAAAUAAAAGAUCUCGGUACAAUAGAACCUCUGAAAAAGUUAGAAAACCUGAAGAGUUUAGAUCUUUUCAAUUGCGAGGUCACCAACUUGAACGAUUACAGAGAAAACGUGUUCAAGCUCCUCCCCCAACUCACAUACCUCGAUGGCUACGACCGGGAUGACAAAGAGGCACCAGACUCUGAUGCAGAGGGCUACGUGGAGGGCUUGGAUGACGACGAGGAGGAGGAGGAUGUCUUAUCCCUAGUGAAAGAUCGGGAUGACAAAGAAGCGCCGGACUCUGACGCAGAGGGCUACGUGGAGGGCUUGGACGACGAGGAGGAAGAUGAGGAUGAAGAGGAGUAUGAUGAUGAUGCUCAGGUAGUAGAAGACGAAGAAGACGAGGAGGAAGAGGAGGAAGGAGAAGAGGAGGAUGUGAGCGGGGAAGAGGAGGAGGAUGAAGAAGGCUACAACGAUGGGGAGGUAGAUGACGACGAAGACGAGGAAGAGCCCGAUGAGGAGCGGGGACAGAAGAGAAAACGAGACCCUGAAGACGAAGGGGAUGAAGAUGACUAAACUCAAUAACCUAUUUUGAGAAUUUCCUAUUGUGAUUUGACUGUUUUUACCCUGUAUUUCCCCUCCCCACACCCCCAACCCUUUUUUUUCCCCCCCUUUUUAUUUGGUUUGUCCCGGUUGUAACGUUGCUGUGGGAACGAGAGGGAGAAGCAGGCUGGGUGGGCAAGGGAAUAAAAGACUAUUUUUACUGCCACUCCUCCUCCUAUUUGUUUUAAACCUGUUCUUUUUUUUUUUUGAGACCCUCCCUUUAGUCCCUGUAACUGCAAUAGUAAGUAUAAACCAAGUGGUAAUUUGUUUCUUAUUAUUGGAGUGGGUAGUUUGGCAUCUUCUAUGAGGAAAACAAAAAGUGGAAGGUGAGUGGAUGACACCUCCCCACCCCACCCCCCACUCACAUGCUCUUGUUCCCAGACAGCUGGUGGGAUUCUUUCCACUGCUGCCAGUCCCUAAGCAUCUUUUUUUGGAGGGGGGAGGGGUUUGGGGGUUGGAGGGAUGCUGCAAAUUUAGGCAGAGCAUCCCUCCACAGCAGCAGGGGUGAGAAUGGCAUCUUGAUGAGUGGUUUCUUUGUUGCCUGUCCGUGAAUGACUGCCAUUUUCAGCCAAGCUGUCCCUGCUUUUCUUAGGUACCUUUUCUUUUGCUGUUUGUAAAUAGUGACCAAACGUUUUCCUCGUGGUUUUGGGGGUUGGGGGUUCUUCUUUUCGUGGGGGGUGGUGUUCCUUUGGAUCUGGUUUGUGGGGUGAAUUUUGCAAUCCUCCUGCUCCCCUCCCUACCCAGUGUGUUGUGUGUUUUCCUUUCUGUUUGGGCUUGUUUUCUUCAAGGGUUGGGUUGGUUUGUUGGAGUCUCUGUUGGUUUCUUUUUUGGCUAGGGUCUAGCCAGUCCACUGAAAAUGGCAGCCAUUGAAAUAUAUCUAUAAAUAUAUAUAUAAAGUGUUCCUAAUCCCUGAGUUACUAGUGAAAAAUGAAUCUGACCAUUGUAAUAAAAAGCAAGAUCAUGUUUCAACCCUUUUCCAAUAAGGUGUGUACUAUUUUGGUCUGUAACAUAUAACACCUAGACAACUUUUAAGUGAUGAGAAACUACUUCCACUUGUGCUAUAUACUUUGCAAAUUGUUACAAACCUAAAAUCCAGGAGGCAGUUUGGAGCAUGUAGGGGUAGGAGGUUUUUCUUUUCAUACACUCAAGCACGAGAUACUAAUACAAAGUUGUAUUUUCUUACCUAGUGGAAGCCAGUCAAGUGACUGAAAAUACCUAGUGAAUGUACAGUUUUACUUUCAUAUCCCUCUUGAAAAUAGCUUUAGGAGUGACUUGUAUUUCCUAGUCGAUAUUUCACCUGUAUAAAUGCAUUUGCAAACCGGUUUGCUUUGGUUUGGGUUUGCUUUUUGGUUGGUUUUUCUCUCCCAGCAGAGCCAAACGUUGUUUUAUGUCUGUUUGUCAUUGAUGAAUUUCAAUAAAUCUUUUGAUACAA